AUCGAUAGUAGUACCGCCUCGGCAUUCCUGUAAAAAAUAACUUGGGCACAUUUUAAUAAAUCACAAUAAAAUUGUUAAUUACUUGUUUUAUAAAUCUAUUUUAGCAUUUAAUCAUGCCGGCAUACCACUCCCAGAUCAAGGAAUUUCGCCAACAGGUGGGAAAUAUGGCUAUCUUGCCAUUGAGGACCCAGGUUCGAGGACCAGCACCCACGGCAAAUACAGAAAGCGACAUCAUUGAUGAGUCACUUUACUUCUUCAAAGCCAAUGUUUUUUUCCGCACAUAUGAAAUAAAGUCCGAGGUGGAUCGAGUUCUAAUCUAUGUUACCCUCUACAUAACCGAGUGCCUGAAAAGGCUCAAUCGAUGCACUAGCAAGGCUCAGGGACAACAGGAGAUGUACAGCUUAGCCAUCUCGAAGUUUGACAUUCCCGGCGAUGCAGGAUUCCCAUUGAACGCCGUUUAUGCUAAGCCACAGUCAGCCCAGGAUGCGGAUCUAAUGCGUCAGUACCUCCUGCAAAUACGGCACGAAACCGGCAACCGAAUGGUGGAGAAGGUUUUCAGCACCGAAGAUGGAAAGCCUAAUAAGUGGUGGACUUGCUUUGCCAAGAAGAAGUUCAUGGAGAAAAGCCUGGCCGGUCCAGGUCAAUAAGCAACUCUCAAAAGAUUCUUUGCUUGAAAACCCUUGGACUUGUUUUUUAUGUUCGCCUAGACAACCGUUGUCAGCUUCCAUAAUAUAAUAAUUUGGUGAAACUACCUUGCUUUUAGAUCGUGACCUGAUAUCCCAGGUCAUAAGCCAAAGUUUCACCACAAAAGCUAUUAACUGUUUAAAGUUAUACAUAAAUUAUUUUAACUCAAAUAAAAUCUUUUACAUCUUUAAUAAAUGUCUAUUCAGAUCAGAAGUUAAUACUUCUGGCUAACUAUGAA